CUCUUAUCGGAGCUGAAAAAUACGGGAAAUAUUUAAUUAUUUCCGCUGUGCCAGGAAAUAAGUAUACAUUGUUGGGCAAUGUAAAAUUUAGCAACUUUUCCAAAAAUAAUGUUUCUAGAAAUUACCAGUGUAACCAAACAAUUGAGGGCACA